UCCAUCAUCCAUCAUCCAUCAUCCAUCAUCCAUAGUAGUCUAUCGACCGUGUCCGCUCAAAGUUCGAACUUCCGAGAUUCGGCCCGAGUGCCUAAGAUUAAAGGCAACAACUAUCUUGGCUUAGCUCCUUAGUUUCUUAUCCUAAGGUUCUGAAUCUGAUCUGAUCUCUCGUCGGUGAAUAUAUCCGAGACUACCUAUUAUCCCAAUCUCAAAAGUCAGCUCACGUCGUAACAACCUUGGAAUCUAAAACAAGCAAAUCAUAACCCAACCUUUUGCGCAUCAAACGUUUGUCGGGCUCCGGAUAAUUCACAUUACCUUUUCCAUACUGUUAUCUUAGAAAGCGUAUAAAUUUCGCCCUUCAAGUCAUAAAUAUGUUCUUCCUCAAUUUACUGACAUUUGGACUCGCGGGGAAGCUUGGAAGACUUACUCACUAUGCAUUUGAUGCUGUCCUAUGUAACUAUCCCCUCCCGAUUCUCCUUGGAGCAAAAAUCUCAGCAUUCUUGGCUGGUAUGAAGAGAUCAACUGGCUUGACACCCAGCCUUAAGAAAGAUGUCACCGAAAACAAAGAAAUCAACGGUUGGAUCGAGAAAUAUCUUGGAGUUGGUGAAUGGGUUAUGGAUACAUCGGUAGCCUUUGCAGGGUCUUCCGGCUUCUUCGAGAGAAAGAGAUGA